ACAGAUAGUAGCACCAGCAGCACCACAAGAAGAUGAAGAUGCUGAGGAGGAGGAGGAGGAUGCCGCAGCCGCCCACCUCCGCCUGUUGACGCCAGUUUGACAGCUCGGACCAGAGUCUGGAGGGCGCCGCGCUGGACUUGGGGGACCCGAACCGGGGGGCGCACGUGCGUGUGAAGCCAUGGCCGGCGCCCAGCCGGGGGUCCACGCCUUAAAACUCCAGCCGCCCGCCGUCUCCCGCGCCCUGAGGAACGGGAGCAACUUCAUCAAAUGGGACGAGGAUCUUUCCACUGUAACUCCUGUGACUCUCUACGUGGAUCCUCAUGGACUUUACCUCUACUGGACCGACCAGAACAAGGAGACAGAGUUGUUAGAUUUAACCCACGUUAAAGAUGUCUGGACGGCCAGAAGCACCAAAACGGCCAAGGAGGCCAAACUGCGGGAGCUGCUGGACGUGGGCAACCUGGUGGGCCGGCUGGAGAACCGCAUGGUCACCGUGGUGACGGCCUCGGACAUCGUCAACGUCAACCAGAUCAUCUUCAUCGCGUCGCAGGAGGACGAAGCCAAGGUGUGGUGUGAGGAGCUCUUUUGUCUGUCGUCCAACCUGCUGAGCCACAACCUCAACAGAGACCACAGUCUCCUAAAAGCGUAUGUGAAGUUGACUCUCCAGCCCAACGCCGAGGGCCGAAUCCCCGUCAAGAAUAUUGUUCGCUUGUUUUCGUCAGACAGGAAGCGAGUGGAGAACGCGCUGGAGAACUGCCGACUUCCUUACGGACGGGGUGACGGCAUCAAACUGGAGGAUUUCACUCUGGAGGUGUACAAGAGCUUCCUGGAGCACCUUUGCCCUCGUCCGGAGCUCGCCAACAUCUUUAAACUUCAGGGAGGCGAUGGCGGGACGGUGUCGGUGGAUCAGAUGACAGAUUUCAUCAACAACAAGCAGAGGGACCCCAGACUCAACGAGAUCCUGUACCCGCCUCUCAGACCCGCUCAGACCCAGAUGCUCUUCGAGAGGCACCAGAGCGACAAGACGCUGCUGGAGCAGGGCGUGAUCUCGGCGCAGGCCUUCUCCAGUUAUCUGUCGAGCGACGACAACGGCGUCAUCCCCCCGGACAAACUGGACCAGUCCGAGGACAUGAGCUUCCCGCUGUCGCACUAUUUCGUCAACUCCUCGCACAACACCUACCUGACAGCGGGCCAGCUGGCGGGCAGCUCGUCGGUGGAGAUGUACCGGCAGGUGCUGCUGGCCGGCUGUCGCUGCGUGGAGCUGGACGUGUGGAAAGGUCGCACGGCCGAGGAGGAGCCCGUCAUCACGCACGGCUUCACCAUGACCUCGGAGAUCUCCUUCAAGGAAGUAAUUGAGGCCAUUGCCGAGUGCGCCUUCAAGACGUCGCCUUUCCCGGUCAUCUUGUCUUUUGAGAAUCACGUUGACUCUUUGAAGCAGCAGGCAAAAAUGGCGGAAUAUUGUCGAUCCAUCUUUGGGGAAGCGUUACUGAUUGACCCAUUGGACAAAUACCCGCUGGAGUCGGGCACGCCGCUGCCCAGUCCUCAGGAGCUGAUGGGCAAAAUCUUGAUCAAGAACAAGAAAUCUCACAAAGCCUCCGGCGGCGGCGGCGGCGACGUCAAGAGGCUGACGGAGCAGCCGGCCAAUCAGGACCCCGAGCCCGUGUCGCCUAGCAACAACACCACAGAGAUGGAGGCAGAGAGUGAGGAAGACGACGAUGACGACGACGAUGACGGCAAAAAGGGCUCGGCGGCGCGCGAGGCCGUGGCCACGGAGGAGAUGUCCACUCUGGUCAACUACGUGCAGCCCACCAAGUUCAACUCCUUCGAAGCCUCCAAGAAGGCGGCCCGCUGUUACCACAUGUCGUCAUUUGUGGAGACCAAAGCUCUGGAGCACCUCACCAAGUCGCCGGUGGAGUUUGUGGAAUAUAAUAAAUCCCAGCUGAGUCGGAUCUAUCCCAAAGGAACCAGAGUGGACUCGUCCAACUUCAUGCCGCAGCUUUUCUGGAACGCCGGCUGUCAACUGGUGGCUCUCAAUUAUCAAACCAUAGAUCUGUCCAUGCAGUUGAACCUCUUCAUGUUCGAGUACAACGGUCGCAGCGGUUACAGGCUCAAGCCCGAGUUCAUGCGGCGGCCGGACAAACACUUUGACCCUUUCACGGAGAACACGGUGGACGGUGUCGUAGCCAACACCCUCUCCGUCAAGGUGAUCUCGGGCCAGUUCCUCACCGAGCGCAGGGUGGGCGUCUACGUGGAAGUGGAGAUGUUUGGCCUUCCUGCUGACACCAGGAGGAAAGCUCUGAAGACCAAAACCUCGCAGAACAACAACGCCGUCAACCCGGUUUGGGAUGAGGAACCCGUCGUCUUUAAGAAGGUGAUUCUCCCCACCCUGGCCUCGCUGAGAAUCGCCGCCUUUGAGGAAGGAGGGAAGUUCAUCGGCCAUCGCAUCAUUCCGGUGUCUGCCGUACGACCCGGGUAUCGUUACAUCGGCCUGAGGAACGAGAAGAACCAGUCUCUUAUUCUGCCCGCCGUAUUCGUCUCCAUCGAAGUCAAAGACUACGUCCCAGACACUUUUGCAGACGUGAUCGAGGCCCUGUCCAACCCGAUUCGAUACGUCAACCUGCUGGAGCAACGUUCCAAGCAGCUGGCCGCGCUGACGCUGGGGGACGGAGACGACGACGCGCACACCGAGGACGAAGCCGACAGCUGCGCCGAGCGCAAAAACGAUCCCAGGUCGGCGUUGGUGGAGAACGGACUGAGCCCGGCGCCCGGACCCGCGGGCCACGCUCCCGUCGCCGCUGCACCCAAACCCUCUGCGGCCAAUCAGCAAGCGGCUGCGACAGAUGCGGCCAAACCGGCAGCAAAGACGGAAGAUUUGGUGUUAAGCGUUUUGAUAGACGUGCCCGUGUGCACGCUGGCCUGGCUGCGGCAGUCCAAAUCGUACCAGAAGGAGCAGCGGCGUCAGUUCAAGGAGCUCAAGGAGCUGGUGAGGAGGCACCAGAAGAAGACCUCGGAGCUCCUGCGAGAGAUCAACAACAAGUACAAGAAGACGGCCAGACGCUGCAGCAAGAGCAGGCGCUCGUCGUCCGAGGAGCCGGACGAGCGUCUGCGGGCGCUGCGAGACGAGCAGCGCGAGCAGCUGCUGGCGCUCAGGCGGGAGCAGUACUACAGCCAAAAGUAUCUGCAGAGGGAACACGUCAAGACGCUGAACGAGCGACUUAGCAGCCUGGCAGAAGAGAAUCACAGCUCGCAGAUGAAGAAACUCAAAGACAUCUGCAGCAAGGAGAAGAAGGAGCUGAAGAGGCAGAUGGACCGAAGGAGAACCGAGAAAAUCAACUUGGCCAAGACUAAAGAGAAACAUCUGGCAGAAGAAGAGAAGAUGGAGAUCAACAAGUCGUACGUCAACGAAGUGGUGCAGAACAUCAAACGGCUGGAGGAGACCCAGGCCAAGCGUCACGAGCAGCUGCUGGAGCAACACAAUCAUCUGCUGCAGGAGAUACACGAGCAGAAGCCAAAGCUGCAGGGCGCCAUCGAGGCCGAGUUUCAGGAGAAGUUUGAGCUGUUGCCCGGCGAGAUUCGAGACUUCCUGCAGGACAGGAGGCCGGAGUUCAGAGGGCACAGCGAGUCCCGACCGUCGACCCCCAACGAGAUUCUCUCCGAGGACGACUGAGCGACUGUCCUGUUACCGACUGUUACCGUUUCGGUUCAUUUGUGCGCAAUGAAGACUUUAAUCGUUUGUUUGGAUCACGCAUGCUCUUUGAUGUACCUCAACAUUUAAUAGGAUUCGUUAAGUACCAUUUUAAUCACCUAUCUACCAAUCUGUCUAUACUUUCUAUCAGCUUAUCUACGUACCCUACCUACUUACCAGCCUGCCUACUGCAAACCAACCUAGCUACAAAACUACUUACCUUCCUAAUGUAUGUUGUUUUUUUCCCUCUGAACAACCAACCUUUCUACAUUGCUGCCUAUCUACAUAUCUGCCAACCUACUCAUCAACCUGCCAACCAACUAUCUAACCUACCAGCCUACUCUACUGACCAACUAACCUACCUAGCAACCAGCAGACCUACUGUACCUAUUUAUCAAUCCUUUCUAUCUACCUAUCGGUCUCCCUAAUUAUCUGCCUACCUACCAAGCUACAAAAAAAAAAAAAAUGGAAAUAAAAUGGAAAACGUUUUUCAAAAAUCAGCAGAUUGGUGAAUCGGCGGGUGCCGAAGCGCACGUCUGCGUGGGUCCGCGUACUGUCGGCGAGUUCAUUGUAUUUCACUAUUGCGAUUCCAAAAAUGAAACUCGGGAAUUAUAGAUACAUUCAACACAAGAAAAUGCUUUCCGGAAGGCCAAUUCCACACGCAUUUCCAUAUUAAAAUAUUUUUGACUGUUACUAAUGUAACAUUCACAUUUCUUGGUGGUGGUGGUGAAAUGUGGGUUUUCAUUAGCUAGAAGCUAAAAUCAUCCAAAUGAUAACAAAUAAAAAUCCCAAAAUAUUCUCACUCUGUUGUAAAGCUAUAUACAGUAAUACGAGUUUUUGAAUUGAACUACAGAUGACGUUUUCUCAUUCUAAUUUCUUGCGAGGCACCUGUACCUUCCUUCCUACCUACUUACCUACCUUCCUGUCUUCCUUCCUAGCGUCCUAGCUUCUUAACAGUCAUUUAUUUGCUGACACCCUAAUUCCUCCACACCGGACCUUGAACUGGUUGAAGCAUGUUUUGAUUCUGUUUAAAGGUCAGAUGACAAAGAUGUUAUGGGCUCAGUUAAAAUUCAUAUUUGCAUUGUUUAUAUGUUAUGUAAUACAUGCACGUCACUUCCAGCAAGUUUUCAACUAGAGACAGUAGAAUAACUUUCGAGGUUUACAUUUUACCACGAUUGGAGGCAUCUGUCGUGUCCGGGAGCGGCGCGCUAAAAUUAAUAUGAUUAUGACUUUGUUUUUUGUUUUUUUCCUUUGCAUGACAUUUAACUUAUUUAAAUAAAGCGAGAUGGGAAAUGUU